AUGGCCGCUAAUUGUGACCCUUUGAGUGGAUAUUUGCAACAGUCGGACCAAGGCUCGAACAGUGAACGGAGUACUGAUUCUCCCGUCCCCGUGUCCGAGGAUGAUUACGCAGGACCCAUUGCUUCGACCGACCCGGAGUGGAGCGAGGAAAGGUUUCGUGUCGAUCGCAAGAAAUUGGAGGUCAUGUUACUAGCGGCCAGUGAAGGAAGGACCAAUGGAGGAGAGGAUUUCUUUCAGAAGGUUAUGGAUGAAACUAACACGCAGAUUGCUUGGCCAUCAAAGCUGAAGAUUGGAGCAAAGUCCAAGAAAGAUCCACAUAUCAAAGUUUGUGGUAAACACGAGAACGUGAAAGAGGCUAAAGAAAGAAUCAUGUCAGUACUGGACACAAAGAGCAACCGGGUGACCCUAAAGAUGGACGUGUCACACACAGAGCACUCACAUGUCAUUGGGAAGGGUGGCAACAAUAUCAAGAGAGUAAUGGAGGAGACAGGUUGUCAUAUCCAUUUCCCUGACUCUAAUCGCAACAACCAGGCAGAGAAGAGUAACCAGGUGUCCAUAGCAGGUCAGCCAGCAGGUGUGGAAGCAGCCAGAGCCAAAAUAAGGGAGUUGCUUCCACUGGUGUUAAUGUUUGAGCUGCCUGCUCUUGUCCAGGCAGAUCCCAACUCCCCUACCAUACAACACAUCUCCCAGACCUAUAAUAUCUCUGUCUCAUUCAAACCUCCAUCCCGUCUGUAUGGCACCACAGGGCUGGUUCGGGGUUCCCAGAACAAUGCAGCUGCCGUCAAGAGAGGCACUGCGGUGCUGUUGGAUCAUUUCUUGGGCUCCAUGGCCAGUACAGUGACUGUCAGCACUCAGCUGGACAUCGCUCCCCAGCACCAUCUCUUCAUGAUGGGACGAAACGGGUCCAACAUCAAACAGAUCAGCCAGAGAACAGGAGCCCAGAUCCACUUCCCUGACCCCAGCGCACCGUCCCCACACCGCAAGUCCACUGUCUACAUCCAGGGCUCUAUAGAGGCCGUGUGUCUGGCCCGGCAGCAACUCAUGGGUUGUCUGCCGCUGGUGUUGAUGUUUGACAUUAAAGAGGAUGUGGAAGUUGAGCCUCAGUGUAUUACAACUCUGAUGGAGCAGUUAGAUGUGUUCAUCAGCGUCAAACCCAAACCUAAACAACCUAGCAAGUCUGUGAUAGUGAAGAGUGUUGAACGGAAUGCUGGAAGUAUGUAUGAGGCCCGGAAAUUUCUACUCGGUUUAGAGAACAGCGGUGUCUCUCCUUCCACUAACGGUCAAGCCCCUCCCACGUCCCCCCUCAUCUGUCCUGUCGGCCUGGACAUCCUGGCCUCAGCUGGUCUGGGGCUCAGCACUCUGGGUCUUUUGAAUUCGACAGGAGGUCCAUCUUUAAACGGUUCAUCUAAUCCUAGCUCAGUUUUGAAUGGGCCAAAUGGACCGGUCAGCUCUUUACAGACGUCCAGUUCAGGAGGACACUCACACUCUCCUUCAUUGUGGACCACUACACUCAGUACACCAUCUACUCCAGCUGGUUUUUCAUCUCUGAUGCUGCACCCUGUGUCUCAGGCCUCUCUGAGCAGUAUGUUGUUGUCUGGAGUUCCAAGUUACACCCAGAGCACCCCCUCACCUCCCCCGGGACUCACCCCCAUCCACAAACAGCCCACCUCAGGCACAGACUGCACUAACACACCCUGCCAUCUCAACGGACAUGUAAGAGAACAGCUACAGUGCUCACAUACCCACAUUCAUAAACAUAUUCCUCACCCUGGUUCAAUGUAUAGUCGUAUCUCCUCCUCAUCACUCGCUGAGUCUGUACUUAGCCCUUCCCAUUGUGAUGCAGUCCAGGAGACCAACAGUCACAGCCAAUCAGAGCCUCUGUCCAGCAAGUCUGGCUCAGACCAAGGUACAAUGCACACAUCCACAUGCUCAGACACAUUUGUAGAAGUGGGCAUGCCCAGAAGUCCCUCACACUCAGCCAAUGGAAGUGAACUGAAGCAGAUGCUGGCCUCCUGUAAAGCGUCGUCAGGGAAACGGCAAGCUGUGGAGCUCCUGCAGGGCUCCAAGAACUCCUACCUGCAUUCUGACUGCCUGCUAUCAGAUGCUGAGGCGAGUGUGUCAGAGGCUCACAUGGCAGAUAAGCGGGCACCAGGCAGUGAGCGAGCAGCAGAGAGGGCAGCCCAGCAGAACUGUGAGAGAGCCAGGCUGCAACCGCAGAGCUCCUAUGCCAACAUGCAGGCAUUUGACUAUGAGCAAAAGAAGCUCCUGGCAACCAAAGCCAUGCUAAAGAAGCCAGUAGUGACAGAGGUGAGGACACCCACUAACACAUGGAGUGGGUUGGGUUUCUCCAAGUCCAUGCCUGCAGAGACCAUUAAGGAGCUGCGCAGAGCAAACCAUGUCUCCUACAAACCCACCAUCAGUACCACAUACGAGGGCUCUCCACUCUCUCUGUCACGGUCUGACAGUCGGGAGGGUAUAGGCAAUGGAAGUGACUCAGAUAACUGGAGGGAUCGAAAUGGGAAUGGCAAUGGGAAUAGCAAUGGGAAUAUAAGUGGUCUCUCAGGACACACAGAAUUCCCAACAGCAGUAGGCAGCCCCAAAAGGAAGCCAAACAAGUCUGCAGAGCACUAUUUGAGCAGUAGUAACUACAUGGACUGCAUCUCCUCUAUGGUGGGCACUAAUGGCUGCUCUCUGAACUCUUCCUUUAAGGGCUCAGAUCUGCCUGAGCUAUUCAGUAAACUAGGCCUGGGCAAAUACACGGACAUCUUCCAGCAGCAGGAGAUUGAUCUGCAGACCUUUCUCACACUGACUGAUCCAGACCUGAAAGAGCUUGGCAUCACCACGUUUGGAGCACGCCGGAAAAUGCUGCUUGCCAUCUCAGAACUGAACAAGAGCCGACGGAAACUCUUUGAUCCACCCAACAUCCGCUCCUCAUUUCUGGAGGGUGGGGCGAGUGGCCGCCUGGCCCGUCAGUUCCACGUUGACAUGGCCAGCGUCAGUGGCCGGUGGUGA